AUGGCUGAUCCGCUCUAUGAUCUGCUCGCGCCGUACUUCGACGCCCAAGAUGCCCCCGCGAGGCCCGUUCCGUCGCCGACCGAUCCAGCCGCCCAGGCCUACCUGAACCGUCUGGCCACCCUCUCCCUGUCCUCGCUGAGCUCCUCCGAGCCGCAGUCGCUCGCCUCGUCGUCCGCCUCGACCGUCCGCAGCCUUCAGGCCCUCUCCAAACGCUCCCACAAGUCCAUCAUCGCCUCUUCUGCCAGUCUCAGCAGCCUCUCGUCGUCCCUUCCCGAGCUCGCCAAGCAGGCCGCCCAGCUCCAAGAUGCUCUGCCCGAGCUCGAAUCCGCCAGCGCAAACUUCGAGAAGACGUACAGUCGCUCCGGCGAGAAUGCAAUUCUCGAUCGGCGGCGUAAGGCCAUGCUCCUGGCCCGCAAUGUAGAUCGCGUGGCCGACGUCCUGGAGCUGCCUACUCUGUUGUCGUCCGCUAUAUCGUCUUCUGGCGGUGCUGCUCAAGGCGCCGGCAGUGCCGCUGCAUCGGGGCUGAGCAAUGCCAAUUACGCAUCUGCGCUAGACCUCCAUGCCCACAUCAAGCGGCUACACGCCCUCUAUCCCAAUGUCGGCUUGGUGACCGAGAUCUCGACGCAGGCGGAGCAGGAGAUGAAGGGCAUGGCGACCAACCUGAUCACCAGCCUACAGGGCCACGGCAUCAAGCUUGCUGGAGCGAUGCGGACAAUUGGCUGGCUAAGGCGUAUAGCCCCCGAGCUUGAUCAGGCGUGGGCCUAUAGUCAGAAAAGCACCGGCAUAGGCAGCAAUGAGGGAGCCCUGGGCGCGCUGUUCCUCGUCUGCCGGUUAGCCAAUCUCCUCAGCACCCUCGAGGCACUGGACCCGCUACGGGAAUUGGCAGACCAGGAGGCGGCUCGGCGGUCAGAUGGUGAGAAGGCCAGGGAUAGCUGGGCUGGGGGGCAGCAGACGGAGCGCUACUUGAAGCGGUACAUUGAAAUAUUCCGCGAACAGAGCUUUGCCAUCAUUUCUAUGUACAAGAGCAUAUUCCCGUCAGCACUGCCAGGGCCGGGUUCGGCUGGCGACGACAAUGCUGAGCUCGGCCAAGGUCUCAAAUCUCCUACCCGUAUAGGAGAAGAUGAUAGCCUACAGCCGUUACCCUCUGCGUUGGCUACGUUCCCUCAGCAUCUCGUGGAGCUCCUGGCCGAGACAUUACGAAAAUAUCUUCCAAACGUACAGGAUCGCGCCUCGAGAGACAGUCUGUUGACACAGGUGCUGUAUUGCGCAGGAAGUCUCGGUCGGUUAGGUGGAGAUUUUGGCAUGCUACUUGCAUUGCUGGAAGACGAGCUAGGCGAGGAUGAUGAAGACGGUGAAGAAGAAUGGGUGGAGGUAAUGAGGAAGCAUCGUAUUCAAGCUAGCAGGCUGGAACUGCUUGCAAGCGGUGUUGGCGCAGGCAGGACGGCCACUGCUUCGAGUUGA